AUGGCCCUAAACGGCACAGGCGAUGGACCGCACACCUUGUACGUCGCUCUACAAAGCACCGGCAUCGUUGAAAUCUCCUUUGACCCAAGCAAAGACCCCGACAACGCAAUAUCGAUCGUCAACAUCAAUACAGACGCGGGAUUCAUGCCAGGAUGGCUGGUCAUAUCCAACGACAAGGUCUACAGCAUCAGUCGAACCAGUUCUUCCGGAAGUGAGAACGAGUCCGGUGGCGUCUUUGCGUUCCAGAUACCCCCUGAGAAAGGUUCUCAAUUGACUCGCAUAGACGACAACGGCAGUUAUGGCAAAGGCGGUGUCCACUGUGAAGUGAGCCCAGACGGGAAGAUACUUGCAGCCGCCAACAUCACUGCAUCGACCAUAUCAAUUUUCCAAUUGUCAGAUGAUGGCACCAUGGGCGAACCAACUCAUGUUUUCGACUACAAUAAAUCGGACCCGGGCCCAAGAGAGGCUCAUCCACAUCAAGCGGCAUUUGACCCUUCAGGGAAAUUCCUCUUUGUACCUCUUCGCACCAUGGACCGGGUCGACAUUUACUCUGUCCAAAGUGCCCAACAGGUUGAGAAAGUGUAUAGUAUCGACCUGCCAGCACCAGCUGGUUGUCGACACCUCGCAUUCAACCCAAUCAGCCCUGCAAAGGCGUAUAUGUACCUCGUCAGCGAAAAGGACAACACCAUUCGUGUGUACACAGUGAGCUACGAUGAUACCGAGUCUCCAGGGAUCAAGGUAGAGCUAAAGCAAACUUUGUCGACCAUGGAGAAAGACUUGGGUCCUACACUUGACGAACACAAGGAUCUCGCUUCAGAAGUGGUCGUCAGCGGUGAUGGGAGGUUUGUCUAUGUGUCCAAUCGCAACUUGACCAGAGAAGAUCCAGAUACGAUCAUCACGUACUCUGUCGACAAGGACUCAGAACAUGAGAAGUCUCAUCUCACGUUCAUCAAAGCUCAAGAAGUACCAGGAAAACAUCCUCGAGCCUUUGCCCUCUCGAAUGACGAGGCAAAUAAGUGGGUUGCUGUGUCAAACCAGUUUACUCAGGACAUAGUCAUUCUGGAAAGAGAUUCGACCACAGGCCUGCUGGGAGACGUCAAGGGGAGAGUCAAUUUGAAGGUGGAAGAAUCCCACCAGUCUUCUCCAGAAAAGGUUGUAUUCUCAAAUGUUCCGAGUAAGAUGAGCAGGGAAGAUUUCUUGAAGAAUCGCAAAGAUGGACCAAUGUGCGUUGUUUGGAAGUAG